AUGUCUGUUCCCACAAAACCAAUGUUGGCCCUUGUCCAAUGGAUCGGAGGCGAUUAUGAUAAAACGUACACCCCAGGUGUACCGGUUGAUUGGAUUUUUGAUUUUGAUCUCCUUACAUUUGAUCCAACGAAUGAAGAUGAGUCGUAUGUGAUUGAGUGGCGUGAGAGUAAAAAAAAUAAUAAGUUGACCCAAAGCUGGAAAUAUUUUGACGCACGUGUGGUUAAAACUUCUCCUGGCAAUAUUGGAAGGGCUUGUUUCACCCUUACGCCCAGAACGUAUGACGAACCUAAGGGAGGGGGAAAUUCUCGAACCGGCGGAAUUAAAGUCGAACAUAGGAGAAGGGGGCCUGCCAGCGAGCGAGGGGCCCGAAAGCCAAGAGGGGAAUAG